CAUAUAAUCAUAAAAUUGUAUAUUUUGAUGAUAAUAUGGAAGAAGAGACAACUGAAAUUGUAGAAAGUGUCGAUGAAAAAAGAUUAUUAAGAAAGUUAGAUAUAAGGAUCAUUCACUUCUUUAUAUCCUUUCUUUCUUGGAUAGCUCAUUUGGAACGUGAUCUUGGUCUAAUCGGGGAUGAAUUUAAUUGGGCUUUAAGUAUAUUUUUCGUGACCUAUGUAAUAUGCGAAAUUCCAUCCAAUAUUAUAUUAAUUAAAUUCAAACCUUCAAUUUGGAUUGCAUCACUCAUGGUUGGAUGGGGUGUCGUAAUGAUAAUUAUGGCAUUCGUGAAAAAUUACACUCAGUUAUUGGUAACAAGAUUAUUGUUAGGAGUUUUUGAAUCUGGUCUUUUUCCUGGUGUCAUAUUUCACAUUACAAGAUGGUAUAAGAGAGCUGAGCAAAAUUAUCGUAUGGUAGAUUUGGACUUAGUAGUUGGCAAUGGGCACAUCUUUCUCAUUGAUGGUCUGGUAACAAUUGUUGUUGCAUUUGUCUCCUACUUUUUGCUCACGGAUUGUCCUGAGACUUCUACCUGGCUUACAGAGGAUGAACGAAAGGCAGUCAUUGAUCGUUUACGGCUUGAUUCAGCAAAUGUUUACGCAACUAAUUUGGACAAAUAUCAAAUUUACGAAGCCUUUAAGGAUUGGAAAAUUUACAUAGCAUUAUUUAUACAAUUUAUUGUAUCAACUGUCGGAUAUUCAUACUCUUUCUUUAUUCCGUCGAUUGUAAAUGGUCUGGGAUUUAAUUCUGUUAUUUCUCAACUCCUUUCCAUUCCGCCAUAUAUAUUGGGAAGUUUUACAACGGUCACGGUUGCAAUAUUAUCUGAUCGACGCAAAAUUCGUGGUCCAUAUUUGAUACUUUGUUUAUUAGUAGCAAUUGUAGGAUACGUAUUACUUGUGGUACCGAGUUCUAGUGUUGCCAUAAAAUACACUGGGGCUUGUGUUGUUGGAAUGGGAUUGUUC